AUGACCAUACAGGAGGAAAACCCCAGUGGCGAAAAAACCAACGAUGAAAAAACGAAUGACAACUCGAAGAAUGAAGGGUUGAAAUUUUCACCCGCUGAUCAGGAACAAAAGAAAGACGACACAAAGGUGGAAAAUAAAGGUGACGUCAAAGCGGAAAGUAAAGAUGAUGUGAGAAGCGAAGGAAAAGACGAUAUAAAAAGCGAAGGCAAAGACGACGCGAAGGCCGCAGAGGGCGGGGAGGACGUCAUGAACAUGCUGCUGAGCUACCUGCAGAAGAAUAAGGACGAUCCGAAAGUCAUGCAAACCAUGAUGAGCGUGAUGGGCGGGCAGGGAAAAGACGGUGCAGCGGGGCUCAGACAGAUGAAGUUGCCCUUCAGCAUGGUCAACGGGACAGAGCCAGGGAACGACAAAGCAAAUGCAACGAGUGGAAACAAGAAAGACGAAGAGGCAGCGCAAGCCGAUGGUGACAAAAAAACGAAGGAGGACAAAGAGACGGGAAACAAACUGCUAAAUCUGUUCGGUAGAAAAACUGAAAAAAGCAUUUUCCCUAGUUUUAGCUUUUCCAGUGGAUUAAACAACACAGGAAAUGACACAAAGGAGGGAUCCUCCGGUGCAGGUAGCAUUUUUGGAGAUGGAAAAAAAAGUUUCUUUGCUGAGUUUGGCGAAGGUAAAAGCCGCAAUGGUAGUGGCAGUAUGAACAAGUUAGGCUUUAGAGGAUUCGGCGGAUUCGGUAGCACCUUUGGGAGUGGGAAGAAGAACGAAGAUGGGGUCUCUACAAAGGGAGAAACAGGAAACGGGAUCUUCACCAAGGGAACAAGCAGAUCAGGUCCCAGUGCAAGUAAUGAGAAGGAGGAUGGCACUGAAAAAAGCGAUACGGUGAUGAAGAAAAAAUUCGAAACCUUGGUUGAUGACGACGAUGAUUACAUAAUAGAAAACGCAGAAACGAAGGAGCCACUGGAAGAAGAAGCAAUCUCAUUGAUCGAGAAUAUGGACAUAAAUAAUGAGAACAAUGCGAAGGAGAAAAAAUUAAGUAACUUUGAUUUCAGUAAAGCGCUGAAUAAUGAUAGCACCGACGAAGUGAGAGACAUAAAAUUAUAUCGUUCGAGAAACACAUGGGAAGAAUUAAACAUAGAUAAUGACCUUAUACAGAUUUUGACGUAUUUAAAAUUUUUCGCACCUUCCAAAAUACAAGGCCUGGCUCUUCCCUACAUUUUAAAUAGUAACAAGAAUUUAAUAGCCCAGGCUCAAAAUGGGUCAGGAAAAACACUUACCUUUGUCAUUUCAAUGCUGUCGAAAAUAAAUCGAAAUGAAGGGAUGCUGCAAGCCAUGUGUAUAUGUCCAACGAGGGAAUUAGCUCAACAGAAUUAUGAAGUUGUGGGGAAGUUUACAAAAUAUCUACCCGUGAAAGUUUUCCUAGCAGUACCACUAUGCGAUAAAUAUGAUAAAAACGCGGGGUUCCAAAUAUACGUGGGUACUCCAGGAAAGACGCUGGACUUAUUGAAGAGAAAAUUUGUCGAUACAAAGAAUGUAUCCAUUUUUGUGCUGGACGAAGCUGAUGAUUUAAUUGAUAUUAAAAAUAAUAUGUCUUCCCAGGUGGAAAGUAUCAAAAGGUUUCUACCAAAACGUUGUCAAAUUCUUCUCUUUUCUGCUACAUAUAAUGAAGACGUACGAUCCUUUGCUGAUAGGUUUGCUCCAAAUGCAUCCAAAAUAAGUGUCCGACAGGAAGACUUAACUCUGAAAUGUGUGAAGCAGUACUACCUCUUAACAGAAAAUGACGAGCAGAAGUAUUACUACCUCUCUGAAUUAUACUGCUCCAUGAGUAUCUCUCAGUGUGUCAUUUUUGUUAACUCGAAAGUGUCUGCAUAUAGUCUGUACCAGUUUAUGACGGAGCGUGGCCACAAUGUUACUCUCAUUUGUGCCGAUAGUGUAAUUAGCCGAUUUACAAGAAAUCAAGUACAGAAGGCAAAUGUGCUAGGCAUGGACCCCAAAACUAGGGAUACCCUCAUGUCUGAUUUUAAGAAUGGCGUGUCCAAAGUUCUAAUCUGCACCGAUUUACUCUCCAGGGGAAUCGACGUACCCACCAUCAGCUUAGUUAUCAAUUUUGACCUCCCCUACGUCUAUCAAGGAAGAAUUUCAGAAAAUUAUGGCAACAGUUUCGCCAACAGGAAAGUGAACAUGGAGACCUAUAUUCAUCGUAUCGGGCGGACAGGAAGAUUUGGCACCAAAGGAAUGGCCAUCAAUUUUAUAAGUAAAAAUCAACUCGUUCAUAUUAAGCAAAUAGAGAAGUACUACCAGUGUGUCAUUUCGGAUUUGGAAAUCGAUUCUGAGCUUAUGAUCACUUCCGCCUCAAAGGGGACGAACUAA